AUGAUUGCACGAAGAAGCCUUAUUGCGCUGACCGCGCUUGGCCUGGCCGCGGCGGUCGCGCCGGCCCAGGCCGACUAUCCCGAACGCCCGGUCACCUACAUCAUUCCCUACAAUCCGGGCGGCGAAUCCGAUGUGACCGCACGGUUUCAGGAGCAGCACUUCAAGGGCAUCACCGGUCAGGAUGUCGUGAUCCAGUACAAGCCGGGCGCGGGCGGGGCGACGGCAUGGGCGCAGCUGAACGGCUUCGAGCCCGACGGUUACACCAUCAUGAACGUCAACUUCCCGCACGCCAUCCUGCAGCCGGCGAUGAAGGAUGUCGGCUACCAGACCGAGGAUGUCGCGCCGGCCUACAUCUUCCACUACACGCCCGACGCGAUCGUCGUGCGGGCCGACAGCCCCUACCAGACGCUGCAGGAUCUCAUCGACGACGCGACCGCCAAUCCCGGCACCGUCACCUUCGGCGGUUCGGGGACAAACUCCGCCAACCAUCUGGCGGCCGUGCGCUUCGACCAGAUGACCGGCGCCAAGACCACCUAUAUUCCCUUCAAGGGGUCGGCCCCGGCAAUGGCGGCUGUUCUGGGCGGUCAGAUCAAGGCGGCGAUGACCUACACCACCCAGGGCAUCAAGGCCGGCGACCAGGUGCGUGUCCUCGCCGUGGCGACACCCGAGCGGAUCGAGGCCUAUCCUGACGUGCCCACGUUCAACGAGCUGGGCUUCGAUUUCGUUGGCGGGGCCUAUCGCGGCGUCACCCUGCCCAAGGACGCGCCGCAGGAGGUGCGCCAGCGCCUUUCGGACAUCAUCGGCGAGAUCAACGCCGUUCCGGAAUUCCGGCAGCAGCUGAUCGACAACGGAUAUGUGCCGGUCGAUAUCCCGACAGGGGAGAUCGAUCAGUGGCUGGCUGACCGCAAGGCCGACUAUGCAGGCGGCAUCGAGCACGUCUCCGUGAUCGAUGCCCUUCUGAAUGCGAUAACCCCGUUCAACCUGGCGCUUGCCUUGUUCGGCGUCAUCGCCGGGACGUUCAUCGGGGCGCUUCCGGGUCUGUCGGCCACCAUGGCGGUGGCCGUUCUGGUCCCCUUCACCUUCACCAUGGACCCCGCCUCGGGGCUGAUUGCUCUGGGUGCGGUGUACACCGGCGCGAUCUAUGGCGGCGCCUAUUCGGCGAUCCUCGUCAACACGCCGGGAACACCCGCCGCCAUCGCCACCUCAAUGGACGGUUUUCCCAUGGCCAAGCGCGGCGACGGCGACCUGGCGGUGACACUCUCGUGCCUGGGCUCGGUCGUCGGCGGCAUGGUCGGCGCGCUCGCCCUGCUGCUGCUUGCCCCGCCCCUGUCGCAGGUCGCGCUCGCAUUCGGUCCGGUCGAGUACUUCUGGCUCGCAAUCUUCGGCCUUUCUCUGAUCGCGACACUGUCGCGGGGGAACACCGUCAAGGGGCUCGUGGGCGGCGCCAUCGGCCUGAUCCUGUCUUGCGUCGGGUCCGCCGUCGUCGGCGGCGACGUCCGCUUCACUUUCGGCCAGACGCAGCUCCUUGGCGGGAUUCCCGUCAUUCCCGCCCUCAUCGGCCUUUACUGCAUUCCCGUGCUGAUCGAUCUGGUGAUCAAGAAGGAGGCGCAUCUCGAGCGCAGGGCCGAGGCGGUUUCGGGCUUCCGGUUCACCGAGGCCGUCGGCCUCAUGCUGCGGUCGAAAUUCAAUCUCUUCCGCUCUGCCGUGCUCGGCACGGCCGUCGGCAUCCUGCCGGCUGCCGGCGGCUCGGUCGCCGGUCUGAUCGCCUACUCCGAAGCCAAGCGCACCUCGAAGAAGCCGGAAGAUUUCGGGCACGGCGCCACCGAUGGCGUCAUCGCAUCGGAAGCGGCGAACUCGGCGACCGUCGGCGGCGGCUUCAUCCCAACCCUGGUUCUCGGCAUUCCCGGAACGCCGCCGGACGCGAUCAUUCUGGGCGCUCUGCUGGUGCAGGGCAUACGCACCGGGCCUCAACUCUUCACGCAACAGGCCGACAUCGUCUACACAUUCGUCUUCGGCCUGAUCAUCGGCACGCUGUUCAUGCUGCCGACCGGCUUGAUCAUCGGCCGCUACGCGUUCCGGCUGAUCGUCUCGGUCCCGAAGACGGUGCUGGCGCCCUCCAUUGCCCUGCUCACGGUCAUCGGCUCGUUCGCCAUCGAGUCCAACACCGUCCAUGUCGUCAUCAUGGUUGUGCUGGGCGUUUUCGGAUGGCUGAUCGCCCGCGUCGGCUUUGAGGCAUCGCCCAUCGUCCUGGGCCUCAUCCUCGGCCCCAUCGCCGAAGCCGGGUUCGUCCAGGCCUGGCUGAUAGGCGGCGCGCAAGGCAGCAUUCCGGCGAUGUUCUUCGGGCGCCCCCUGUCUCUGGCGAUCAUCUUCAUGAUCGUCUUGACACUUGCCUCCCCGGCGCUCGUGAACUGGCGACGCAUCUCCGCACCCGACAUCAUCGCGGCAGCCAUUGCCCUGACCUUCGGUGCCUACGCGCUCUACGAAGCGCGCACCAUGUCGGACCUUGGUGCCGUGUUCCCGGUGACCGCGGCCAUCGUGCUGAUUGCCGGCGCCACGGCGAUCCUCGCGCUCGGCUUCAUGCGGCCCGCAAAUCGGCAGACCGCGCCGCCAACCGAAUGGAAGCGGUUUGCCUACGCCGUGAUCACGCUGUUCGCAUGGGCCGUCCUGCUGAAGCCAUUGGGCUUCGUGAUCACCUCGGCGCUGGGGAUGCUCGCCAUCACCCUCGCCGCACGCCGUGAACCGAUGGCCGCAAAGGCGGCGGCGCUUCACGCGCUCAACGGCAUCAUCCUCAUCGGCGCCUUCUAUGCGGUCAUGCGAUAUCUUUUGAAAAUCGCCGUGCCCUGA